AUGGGUAAUGGUUGUCAAGCAGGAGCUAGUCCAACUGUGCGCGAAAACGAAGAAGGACGCAUGCCGGCUGGCAGCGGUGGGUCCUGCCAAGGACCGCCUGUGCCGCCCCGCGGACUCAACGCCCACUCUGCCGUUACCGGUCCUCCCAUUAUUGCAGUUAUGCGUGGUGAACGUGCAGAGAUGGAGCAGAUUUCGGACUGGAGUAUCGAGAAUGUGAUCGACUGGAAGAGAAUCGUUUCUAAAUACUAUGAUAUAAAAGGAAUAAAAGAUGAAUCCGAGGGCGAUGAGCAGUGA